AUGGAUGUUCUUGAACGAGAGUAUGGGCCGUGGAUUGCUUCGCCACCGGAAGAAGGAUAUGACUUUACGUUGGAGUUCAAUGUCGAUGGCCUUGUUGGUGACAACGACCCAGCACAAGCACAAGCCAAGGAAGAAGACUACCCUAACUUUGACCCCAACGCGAUCGAGUUCAUGAGGAUAGACCCACACCGCGACGAGAGGAUGUAUAUCCGGCACCACCGAGACUACACCACCCUCAUAAUAGGGAUUGCGCUGGAUGAUCUUGACGAGGUCGAUAUAUUUUUUGUGAGAAUGACAUUUGAAGAGCUGCAGCACCGGUCACGGUUGUGGUGGUAUCGUGAAACUUCGCCGAUGGUUGUCCAUGCCAGGUUGGAACCUCCACUCGAGAUUCGUUAUUUCGAGGAGGUUGUGCAGGAUACUAGUCGUUGCCGCGCUUAUAUCAAAUUCUUGAUACUGCCGGAGCUGAUUGCGACCAAGGAGCGACGCGACUAUAUCAUCUCUCAGCGGAUGAUCUUUCGAGACUACCUGCAGUACCACAUCAAAUGCGCCAAGGGGUCCCUAAACAUCCGGAUGCGACGCGAUUUCAACGACCAUAUCAAAAGGUUGGAGCGCACCAGAAAAGACUACGUGCCUCCUAAGAGGCUAUCAAGUUUCCUUCGGAGAGGCUGA